UCCAUAGCGAAGCUGCCCAGAUCAUCUUGUGUUUGAACGCGCAGGGAGACCUUGGGAAGGGGGAAAUGAGCACGAAACUCGAAUUCCCUAAGCUGCGGAUGGUUGCAAGGAGAGCUGCUACCUCUGUAGUCCUGUAGUCUGAGCUUCCUCAGCCAGGUAUACUGCACCAGUGACCCAGGACAGUAACACAACAUAUAAAACUCGAACCCAAACCCUGCCACCACCAUAGGUUUAUAGUUACUCUGGAAUCAGUAGGCCAUGGCAUCCCAGAAAUUUGCUAUUAAACGUGGGAAUUUUGCCGUCCUGGUGGAUCUUCACAUCUUGUCACAAGGUUCAAACAAAGAUACCAGCUGGUUUUCUGAACAGAAGAAAGAGGAAGUCUGUUUACUGUUAAAAGAAACCAUAGAUUCAAGAGUUAAAGAGUACUUGGAAGUUCGUAAACAGCACAAACCGUCGAAUGCAGAAUUCACAAGAUCCAAUCCCUUGACCUUAAAAGGGUUUGGCUUUCAAAUCACAGCCUAUUUUCUCAAGAGAGGCAUACGCCUUCGCUGCGUCAAGGGUUCUCAGAAUGCUGAACUCUGUGUAUUCCCUGACAGAUUUGUGGUCUGUGUACGUCAACUUGCAAUCAGUCAUGAUCUCAUUGCAAGACAGAAUAAAGAACCGACAGAAAGAGCUCUCCGUGGAGUGUCUGAUUAUUUUGCUGAGUGUGCGGAGAGUCCACUUCCUUCCAGUGCAAAGCUCAAGAGAAAUGCUCUGAAAGCAAUUAUGAAAAGAACAAAAAGCAGCUUCGUGAGCCAAUCACAGACCAGCAGGGACAUUGUGGGACUAUCUAGUGGCUCAGUGAUUGCAGAGCUAGCAAGGAGAAAGGAUGGUCAGGCUUUAUCCAGUCCCCUGUCAGAAUCUACAGAACAAGCAAAGGAUUACAUAAAGGCUGCAGAGAGCCACUGGGGGCUUCCUGUUCAAAAGCUGGAAAAUGUUCAUCAGACCCAGCCAGAAGACACUAGCAGCCAGCAAAAACCUCAUCCUGGGGAGCAGUUAAAGACAGGGCUUCUAAGCAGGAGCUCUGUCUGUAGCUGUGAGUCAGCAUCACCAGGUCCAAAACAAAGUCCACAAGCAGCCAAAACACAACAGAAAUGCAGGAACCACGGCUCUGCGGAAGACUUCGACCACCACAAGAGAGUUUCUCUUGGAAGUAAUCGAUUAGUCCCAAGAGAAAUAAUAGUGGAAAAAGGCAAAGCUGUCUAUGUGUUGCCAGCUUCAGAGCUGUCAGAUCCGGGGUUACUUUCGAAACAAGAUUUGGCAAAAAACACGUCUAAGGAAGAGUUGCAUGUUUUGGAAAAUCUCUCCUCCAGACAUCUUAUGAAAAAUAACCCAGGCCAGGCAGAGCAAACCAGUUCAGCCACAAACAUUGAAAGUUUAUCUAUAAUUCAGGGCAAUCCCACCCCAAAAAGAAAGAAAUACUGAAGAAGCCCCUACCACUAGGAUUGCAAAGUCCUAGUUGAGAUUAUAGCAGCCCAAUCUAUGACACGAGAGCUGUGUAUAUAGUUGCAAGGAUUUUAAAGGAAUUAAAUUGAUUGUUUCAAAUAGAAAGUAUAUAUCUGCUAGAGUUAGUUUUGAAAGCAGUCACCUCCACAAGGCUUUAUGCUUGUUCCGACACCAUUGCUACUUUCUCAUAUUUUAUAACUGUUUCCAGGAAAUCAUUUUAAUAAUAAAGUGCUUUGUCAGGAAUAAGACCAUUUGUGCAAGGACUGGACAAAGAACCAAUGGUGGGCCAGAUGGUGACACAGAAGUGAUGCAACCAGACCCACAUGGGAUGGCCAUGGAAUCAUGGCCUGGGACCUCUCCAAACACACCAAACAGGCACACAUGUGCUCAAGCUUUAGGCUGGCCAAGGCUGGCAGUGGAUCAUGGUAUCAGCACCUUAUCUGGAAUUGUUUGUGUGUGUGUGUGUGUC